CCAUCACCUACUUUUACAACCUAGCACCUUCGGCCACUCCUUUUAUUUCUUGUUUUUAUUUGAUGUCAUGAGCAAGGCAAAGAACCGUCCAAAUAAAAUAUGGUAUUCAAUUAUUAAUCCGAGUCCCAAGAAGCAAGUGCAAAUUUUCCUUUGCUUCGUCUUCCUCAGCAACUCAUUCUCUGAGAAGAUCAAUAUGGAUAACGGAAACCGUCAGCUACACAUUUUCUUCUUACCCUUUAUGGCUCAAGGCCACAUGAUCCCAACCAUAGACAUGGCCAAACUGUUUGCUUCGAAGCAAGGUAUAAAAGCAACCAUAAUUACCACUCCUCUCAACGCGCCGCUCUUAGCCAAAACAAUCCAAAGAAGCCAAAAUCUGGGUGCCGAAAUUGAAGUUGUUGUUAUCAAAUUCCCUUGUACGGAGGCUGGAUUGCCUGAAGGAUGUGAGAGCCUCAACAUGGCUAUUUCGCAUGGACUGGUACAGGAUUUCUUCAAAGCAACCGCCAUGCUUGAGCCACAGAUUGAGCAGCUUUUACAAGAACAUGCUCCUGAUUGCCUUGUCGCCGACAUCUUCUUCCCGUGGGCUACAGACGCCGCUACUAAAUACGGUAUUCCGAGGCUUGUUUUCCAAGGGACCGGUUUCUUCCCCUUAUGUGCUUUAGAGUGCCUCAGACUAUACGAGCCUUACAAUAACGUGUCAUCGGAUUCAGAACCAUUUUCCAUUCCUAAUUUGCCGAACGAGAUCAAGUUGACAAGAGAGCAGCUGCCGGAUUACAUCAAAGAAAAUGUUGAAAGUACAGAACUUGCAAAGCUUUUUAAAGGAGUUAGAGAAUCAGAGGCGAGGAGCUAUGGGGUUGUUGUUAACAGCUUUUACGAGCUUGAACAGGACUAUGCAGAUCACUACAGGAAGGUUAUGGGAAGGAAGGCGUGGCAUAUAGGCCCCCUUUCAGUGUGGAACAAAGAUACUGAAGAUAAAGCACAUAGAGGGAAGGAAAACUCUUUAGAUGAAGAUGGGUACUGUUUAAAAUGGCUUGAUUCAAAGAAACCUCAUUCGGUUGUUUAUGUUUGUUUUGGAAGUGUUGCAGCCUUCAAUGACUCUCAGCUGAUGCAGAUUGCAAUGGGUCUUGAGGCUUCUGGACAGCAAUUCAUUUGGGUUGUGAAAAAAGAAAAGAGUUAUGGAGAAGAAGAAGAAGAAGAAUGGCUGCCUGAAGGGUUUGAGAAGAGAAUGGAAGGCAAGGGAGUAAUCAUUAGAGGUUGGGCGCCCCAAGUGUUGAUUCUUGAGCAUGAAGCAAUUGGAGGGUUUGUGACUCAUUGUGGGUGGAAUUCCAUAUUGGAAGGGGUGGCUGCAGGAGUGCCCAUGGUUACAUGGCCGGUGUCUGCUGAGCAGUUUUACAAUGAGAAGUUGGUAACUGAGGUGCUUAAAAUUGGGAUCAGUGUUGGUGUCCGACGAUGGGUUUUUGUGGAAGGGGAUAACAUUAAAAGGGAUGGAAUAGUGAAGGCAGUGAGUCGGAUAAUGGUUGGGGAAGAAGCAGAGGAAAUGAGAAGCAGAGCAAAGGUGCUUGGGGAGCUGGCAAAUAAGGCAGUUGAAGAUAGCGGAUCGUCUUGCUUGGAUUUGAAUGCUGUAAUUGAAGAUCUCAUGGCGAUUGGUUCUUGAUACUAGCUUGGAAGAAAAAAUAUGCUUGUUUGGUAGAAUCCCAUCUGAUGCAAAGUUACUGUGUUUUCCAAGAAUUUGGUAUCAUAGGAUAAUGACUGAUGAAUUUAAUUUGCCGGAAAAAUGAUAGAAAAAUUAGGUGAAAUUUCCAUUCUACGUGUAAUGACAUGUGCUUUUCUGUCAAAAUGUCAAGUGGUACAAUACUUACCUCUGCAGUGUGAACCUGUUAAGGGGAGUUGAGAUUUUAGUAUGAUUAUAAGAUUAAAAGACAAGGUAAAAAACCAAACCAAUUUGAAAAUUAA